CAUGGAGGACAAGCGCAACAUCCCCAUCAUCGAGUGGGAGCACCUGGACAAGAGGAAGUUCUACGUGUUCGGCAUCUGCAUGACCAUGAUGAUCCGCGUGAGCGUCUACCCCUUCACGCUCAUCCGGACGCGGCUGCAGGUUCAGAAGGGCAAGAGCCUCUACAACGGGACCUUCGAUGCCUUUGUGAAAAUCCUGCGGACAGAGGGGGCCGCCGGGCUCUACCGCGGCUUCCUGGUCAACACGUUCACCCUCAUCUCCGGCCAGUGCUACGUGACCACGUACGAGCUCACUCGCAAGUACGUGUCGCGCUACAACAACAACAACGCCGUCAAGUCUCUGGUCGCGGGCGGCUCGGCCUCCCUGGUGGCCCAGAGCAUCACGGUUCCCAUCGACGUGGUCUCCCAGCACCUCAUGAUGCAGAGGAAAGGGGAGAGCAUGGGCAGGUUCAAGGUGCAGAGCCAGGAUGGCAAGCGCCUGCUGGUCUUCGGCCAGACCAAGGACAUCAUUGUGCAGAUCUUCAAGGCCGAUGGCUUUCGAGGCUUCUACCGGGGCUACGUGGCCUCGCUGCUCACCUAUAUCCCCAACAGCGCCGUGUGGUGGCCCUUCUACCACUUCUACGCCGAGCAGCUUUCCAGCUUGACUCCGAAGGACUGUCCCCACCUGCUCCUGCAAGCCAUAUCGGGGCCGCUCGCGGCCGCCACCGCGUCCACGCUCACCAACCCCAUGGAUGUCGUCAGGGCGCGGGUGCAGGUGGAAGGCAAGAGCUCCAUCGUCCUCACCUUCAAGCAGCUCAUCGCAGAGGAGGGGCCCUGGGGGCUCACGAAAGGCCUCUCCGCCCGCAUCAUCUCGGCCACCCCCUCCACCAUCGUCAUCGUGGUGGGAUACGAGACGCUGAAGAAGCUCAGCCUCCGCCCGGAGCUCGUGGACUCCAGGCACUGGUAGAGGCGGUCGGCGGGAUGGAAACCUCCUUUGGAGCCUUCCGGACCUGGACCGUCGCGGUGGCAGCUC